AUGCCAUCACAUGCUCAGAUCCACGGUGAGAAGCCCUGGUUCACCUUCCCAGGCUUCUUGGACGCAAGGAACGGAGACAGAAACGUCGAACGUGAAGUUCAAAACGCCCUUUCCUCAACGUACCAUUUUCGUACCUUGGAUCAUGUGGACGCCAACAAAUACGAUGAGAAGCUGCGCAGCCUGGCAAACCUGUGCUUGCUCUUCGAGACUUUGCUCUACCAUCAGGCAUUCACCAGUCUUCCUGAAUUCUGGCAAAUCGUGUGCAGCCGAUGGGGCCUGACGGCUAACUACAAUGUCAUGAGAAGCAUCAGUCGUGUCUACUAUGCAGCGAGAGUCAAGUUCGUGGCUGAGGGUAGAGCCCAAAACUCUGUACCUAAGACGGGCUUGGGAGGGCUCAGCCACAAACUUGCUUGCCUUGUUGACGAGUGGAGAGAUGACCACGAGGUGGUCUACGUAAUUCCUCGUAUCAUGGCAUAUGAAGAUCCAAUCAACCCUGUUGUUGAGUUGCGAGAAGAGUUAGAGGAUACGGAAGACGAUUGGGAAGCACAUGUCGAAGGCUUCAUGGGUAGGAUGAUCCAUUAUUUGGAUAUGGCACAGUGGGAACUCAAUGAGGGAGUCUCCUCUAGCUCAGACAGUGGCCUGUCUCCCAAUGAUUUCUCGCCGGGAAGCGAUACUGGUGACGGUGAUAGCGACGAAAACUUUGCGCUGCAAAUCUUCCCCUCGCGGCUUCGCCACCAGUCCACCACCACGCCAAUGGAGAUCAACGCUGUCGAAGAGCAGCAGACCUCUUCACCCCACGGCAACGAAUCUGCGAGCCACCUUGAGGCAUCCGCUGGAUACAUCGCAGCAGAUAUGCCUCAGAACGAAAACGAGGCAAGCCCGGCGUCAUCUCCUGCUGCUUCGUCGUGGGCUCAGGCAUCACUCACUCCACCCAGUGUAUCGCCUCUAACAUCCCCGGCCCAGGGCCCGGCUGGCAUCGUUGCAGCAUCGAAUAUGUCAACAGCUUCCUCGACCUGCCCUCCUGGUGAACUCGUCUCACGUCCUAAGGCAGAUCAAUGCGAAGCAAAACAACAGGCUGUCACGUCAGGAAAGAUGCCGGAAUUCAGUCAGACCAACGCGUGCGAACGACUCUUCCCCAGCUUUUCCGACAACAGAGUUGGCGGGGGCCGUUCCAGCGGUGAAGAUGAUGUCCCGAUGAGUGGCAGCCAAGAGCAUGGCAACGCCGGCAACUCUUCAACUUCGAACUGUGAUGAUGUUCCGGAGUGGAAUAUGAUGAACGGCAAGCGACUCAUUGGGCCCCUCGAUCUCGCGGGAAUGAUCCGCCAGUACAUGGCCAAAGAGAAAGAGGAGAGAGAGGAGGCGGAACGAAGAGCGAUGGAGAAGGAUUUGGCUGGUUCUUCUUAA